AUGGCUAGCGAUGAUUUCUCUGAUUUAUCCUCUCUCUCUUCCCUCUCCCCGCCACCUCCAAGCGACUCGGAGUCUGAGCCAGAGGUUAAGAAGAAGGGCAUCCUCAAGUUCUUUACCAAAGUCUCUAAAGACAAGAUGGCAGCUGAAAAAGAGCCAUCACCACCUCCUCCUCGAAAGAGAGAGCCCUCUCCUCCUCAUGAACCCCAAUUUGCAGAUAAUCAGGACAUUGCUUUCAUUGUGAUGUUUAGAAACCGAUUCGACGACGCCUUCGCUCGAUCCCUCCCAUCUUUUGGCCCCCAAGAGCUCGAGUACGAUCUCACGGAGGCUGUACCCGGUAGUCGCGCCGAAGCUUUCCUUUGCGCCGUUCUCGGCCUUCUCCUCAACCGCAAGCAGGAUGUCAAGGCGGGUCAUUAUAACCGAGCUUUGGAGGACGCAAUUAGCUCUCAUAAGAGCCAAUGGCCUCGUCAAUGGGAUGGCAAGAGUCCUCUUUCGGGCGGCGGCACUUUUGCCUCGAUGACUGCGACCGAACGCCUUACCCUACUACGCACCCUAAUCCUUUGGGCUAUGGGAUCAUCUGAGGCCAUCCGAGCGAUUCUUGCGAAGUCCUACAAGCAGAACCGACACGAGGAUGAUUUGAACCAACCCCUUUCCGUGCAGCCCUGGGGUUCGGAUAGUGAUAAGAGGCGUUACUACCUAAUCGAGGGUCGCGACUACACAUCGUUCCGCGUGUAUCGCGAGAGCAAUCCCGCUGGGUUCAAGCGCACUUGGUGGAGCGUCGCCGACAGCAUUGAGUCGAUCACCGCUCUUGCUGAUAAGUUGGAGAAUGAAGAUGGUGGCCCCAAGGCGAAGCGCCUUAGCCAGGGUAUCCAGCAGGCAAUACCCCGGCUUCUGGAGAGCGAGGAGAAACGGCGCCGCCGCGAGUACCGACAGCGAACGAAGGAGCGAUUCCGACGACCGGAACCCGGAUUCUCCCUUUACGAGGGUCGUACCCGUGGCAAGCGCGUCAAGUAUACGUACUCGGACGACGAAGAUGAGGUGUUCAGCGAUUACAACGUCCGGCGAUCUAGUCGGAAUACCAGAAACAGUACUCCCGCCGAGAACGGAUCUGCUACGACGCAGAGUGGCCGUCAAGUGCGGCCUCCUACUCGUUUGCAUCCCGAGACCGGCAGUGCUGGAGGAAGUGUGCUUGGAGAUACGUCCGACACGAACUCGAGGCAGGAAGACCUUGGACGAGUGAGCGGCCGUCCUCGACGCGCUGCCGCUGCCAAUGGCUGGGCGGAUCAAGCAUCUCGGCGCAACGGUGAUGCGGAAGAGGAAGCUGAGACUAGCUCUCCCGAUCUUGGAGAUGACGAAAGUGACGAGGAACAUAUUCCUGAAGAGUCGAACGACGAGGAUGAGUUCAAUGAGGAUGAAGAGCUCCUUGACGAAGACCUUGAUGUUGAAGAUGCCAAGAGCCUCGUUGUCAAGGUUUCGGUCAACGGUUCCAAGCUCAAGGGUGUGACUGCCAAAGGAUUGCCCACCCCUUCUGCCGAGCCAACUGCAACCACGUCAACCCAAGGAGGACCUGAGGUUGUCAUGAACGAUGCACCUGCUGCCUCAACCAGCGAAGCGCCGGAGAAGCAAGCGCGUCCCACUGUCCCUGAGUUAGCUGUUAAAGGAGACUCUGAGACCGCUACCCCCCUCCCUCCGGUACUAGCGCCUACUCCUCUGGCUCUUAGAGGAAGCCCGGAGAAGCCACAGAAUGCCCCCCGCCCCAUCGAUAUCGGAGCCCAGUUGUGA